CUGCUGAUUUGACUGACAGACGGAGAGGUUAAACUGGUUUGCCAAGUUAGCGGCGGGUGAGAACAGUUCAGGACAAGCAGAGACACGACAGAAGCAGUGGAUCAGAGAGGAAACUGUUGGCAUUUUCCCCUCCACCUCACUUCGCCCUCAUUGCACCGCCUCCUCUAGCUGCUCUCCUCCUUCUGCGAGUUAGGAAGGAAUCAACAUCAUGGUGGGAGUGGAGCGCAGGCCUUAGCAGGUGAGGGUGUGAUCGCUCCAUGAGGGGGAGAGCUGGUCAGAAGAAUGGCCCGGAGUGUUAACUUUGACCUGAGUCAACCUGACGUGGAGAUUGGACUGGAAAGCCCAGCGGAUGAAGAUGUUGUUCAUGAUUCGUUCAGCCGGCUGAUCGAAGAACAGAGUGAGAACAACCGACUGUCUGCUAUCGAGCUGCAGGAUCUGCAGCAGGACCUUGAUGAAGAAGGACGAGACAGCCUUGCAGGUCUGUCAGGCCCUGCGUAUCGAGGAUGGAGGUUAGGCAGUGAUGAGACAGAAGAGGACGACAAUGAAAGACAAACAGACCGUCUUCUCCAGGAUAAGUUGUCUUCAGCCACCCUGAGGAUCCUCUCCUCCAUGCCUAGCCGUACUAUUGGCCGUAGCAGAGGAGCCAUCAUCUCUCAGUACUACAACAAGACCAUGCAGCUACGGAGGCGCCGGCAGAGCAGACCGGCUAUCAAAGACUUCUCUCGCUCUGCCAGACCCAGCAUCCGGGGUUAUGGCGUGGAGGUAGACACUACAGACUCAGCAGAAAGUAAGAAGGAGCGCCUGGUAAACAACCUGCAGAUCCUUUCAGUGGGUGACAGAGAGAGGAUGCUCCGAGCAAUGCCGCUGAAUUUGUCGGAGAAAAAAGAACUAAGGAGCUUGACGCUGAAAAAGACUAAAACACACUCCAGCAGUAAGCUCACCUGCUGCAGUCGUCUGAAAUUUUACAUCAUCAUAGCUUUGAGGCAUAGCUGGUACAGCUUGUUAUCCUUCUUGCACUCCCUCCAACUGUGGCAAACACGGCUCAAGAAGAUCAGCGGGCGCUUCGGCAGCGGGGUCCUCUCAUACUUCUUGUUCCUCAAGUAUCUUCUUUUCUUCAAUGUCUUUUUGCUGCUGGUCACCGGUGCAUUCUUAGUGCUUCCUCAGGCCCUGUAUCCCCCAAAGCUGCAUGCAAUGAGGAGGUCCUUCACUGGGCUUGAACUCCUGACUGGAGCGGGCUACUUCUCUGAUACGCUGAUGUACUAUGGGUACUACAGUAAUGACACACUGCAAAGAAACAGGGAGAACUGCAUAGAGGGAAACAUCUCUAGUUCAGCCAGUCCGCAGUGUGACUCCAACUACCCCUCCUACAACAUGCCUCUUGCAUAUUUCUUCACAAUAGGAAUGGCCUUCUUCAUCACAUGCAUCAUCCUUGUGUACAGCAUGUCGAAAUCGUUCGGCCAGAGCUUCAGGAUAGAUAAGUCUCAUGCUAUGCUGGCCAUGAAGGCUUUCUGCUCAUGGGACUUUAAGGUCAUCAAGAAAAACCCAGUCAAGCUCAUGUCAGAAAACAUCUGUACCCAGCUCAAGGAGCUUUUGGCUGAAGUAAAUCACAGGAAAUUUAAGAAUACCCUGAAGCAGAAGUUGCACAAACUGUUGGUUCAUGGCCUGGCUUGGACGAUCUGCAUUGCCGCUACCACGGGAUGCCUGGUCGGCAUUUACUACUUUUCAGAUUAUAUGCACGAACAGGAAAGACUGCAUGAUGUCUCCAAGGGUCGACUGCUGAAAGAAGCCAGCCUCUUGGCUCUGCCUGUGCUCGUCUCCUUUAUCAACCUGGUGUUGCCGGGCCUGUUUAACCUUGUGGCCGAUAUGGAGAAUUACAACUCUCCAUCUAUACGGACAUAUGUAGCACUGAGUCGAAACCUGAUGUUAAAAGUUAGCGUGCUUGGAAUCCUCUGCUACCAUUGGUUGAGUCGGGUGCCUGCUGAGUCUGACUGCCCAUCAUCCAAAGACCAAGACCCAACAUGUGAGUGCUGGGAGAGUUUUGUUGGUCAGGAGCUUUAUCGCUUCCUAAUCAUCGACUUCAUCUUCACUCUGCUGGAUACUUUGUUUGGGGAGCUGCUGUGGAGGUUAUUUUCUGACAAAGUGCUGAGGCGAAAAAGAAGACCAGGGUUUGAUAUUGCCAAGAAUGUCCUGCACCUCAUCUAUGGACAGACGUUAGCCUGGUUAGGGGUCCUUUUCACUCCUCUCCUGCCUGCUGUGCAGAUUCUGAAACUGCUGCUGCUCUUCUAUAUUAAGACGAGCAGUGUAAUGAUGAACUGUCAGGCCCCCAGGAGGCCAUACAGAGUCAGUCAGAUGACCACCAUCUUCAUCACCCUCCUGUGCUUCCCCUCCUUCCUCGGUGCCUCUGUCUGCGUCACAUACACCAUGUGGAGUAUCAAGCCCUCAGGAUCAUGCGGCCCCUUCCGAGGCAAUGAAUCCAUGUUCAAGGCUGGAAAAAACUGGAUGGAUAAACUGGAAAAAGAAAACCCCCACUUGUCCCUGCUGGCCAGGGCUCACACCUAUCUAGUGGAGAAUCCUUUCUUCCUUUUUGUGGGGGCAGGCAUCUUUCUGAUAGUCAUCUACUUCCAAAGUCAGGUUGUUGACGGUCAACGGAAGAUUAUCACUUUGCUGCAGGAGCAGAUAGAAAAUGAGGGAGAGGAUAAAAAGUUCCUAAUUUCUAAACUUCAGUCCAUCCAUGAGAAGAAACGGACUCCAGCAAGAAGGCUCACAAGUCAGGACUCUGGAUGAUGAGGCAGCUGCAGCUUCUGGAAAAUAAACCUCCUCAAUUGUCUGAGAAAUCUUCCACCACUGGGUUUGUAACUGGAAAAGCUCAGAGUAAAGCCAUCAUGAACUUGAAGCGGUUGCGGUGCUUGUCUGUUUUUCUAUACAGCAAUAUAAAAAGCUUUUAUACAUGUGUGUUUUUAUUUUUUAAUGACUCAACUACGUUAAGCUUCUGCUUAAGAUCAAAGAACAACAAAAUUAAGCAUCAUAGGAUUAAAUGUGAUAUUUUUUUAGAAGCUAAACAAGUAUCAAGCAGAUCAGUCUGUAUGUAUGGUUGAUAUGUUUUGAUUUUAUUUCUCAAAGGAGCACUUUGAUGCUAACUGUGAAGUUUUACAAAUUGUGUAAAUUAAAUAUUUCAUUAGUUGCACCAUAGGUAAAACUUUUUAUUUUCCGGGGUGUGUUGGUGUA